CCCCCCACCUCAUCCAUUUUUUCCCUAAGCUCAAAAAACUCAAUUCAUUUUUUAUUGUAUCCUUUUGUGUUUGUUAAACUGAUCUUAUACUCAAUUAUAAUGGCUAUCAAAGAAAAACAACUUGGAGUUAAAAAGGGGAGCAGUAUUGGAAAGGCAAGUAACGAGAAAGAGAUGCAUUAUAGGGGAGUGAGGAAGAGGCCGUGGGGCCGGUACGCCGCCGAAAUCCGAGAUCCCGGCAAGAAGAGCAGGGUCUGGCUCGGCACCUUCGACACCGCCGAGGAAGCGGCGCGUGCUUACGACGCCGCCGCCAGGGAAUUCCGUGGUGCCAAGGCCAAGACCAACUUCCAUCUGCCCAACGAGGACUUGCCCAUUAACCACAGCCCCAGCGAGAGCAGCACCGUGGAGUCGUCCAGCCCUGAUGCGCCGGCUCGUGAUGCCACGCGCCGCAGGGAGAGUGGCGCUGAGAGUGGCGUCGUUGUCGGUCGGUUUCCGUUUCUUAAUCAGCAGCCGUAUGUCGGCGCGUGUGCUGGAGUGGUGGGUGGUUUUCCUGUCCACGCGCGGCCGGUUUUGUUUUUCGACCCGAUGGUGAGGCCCGAGUUUGUGGCUCAGAGUUACCCUCUCCGGUUCGACCCGAGUCCGGUUGAGUUCAAUUCCGGAAUUGUAGGUGGGGCCCAGACCCAGAGCGACUCAGAUUCAUCAUGGGUCGUUGAUUACAAGCCAAGAAAAGAAGUUCUUAACCUUGAUCUUAACCUUGCUCCUCCAAUGGACGCUUAAUUUUCCAACAAUUUUUGUAAUAAUCAAAGGCAAAAGUGUUUUCUCCUUUUUUUUUUUAAUUUUAUUUACCUAGAGAGUGAUGGACCUAUCUGCUAGUUCGUCCUUGCUGUGUAAACUAGUUAGGAAUGUAGUAAUGGUUUUUUCUUUUUUUUUCUUUUUUCUUUUCUCUCUCAUUAAGGAGGGAAAAGAAUCAAAUUCUCUCUAAGUUGUUUUUAUGUUGUAACCGCUCAUUCCUUCACUAACGUUUGAAUAUCAAGUUUACUUUUUUUCUUGAUAA